GACUGGUGGCAAACCGGGCUCCGGGCUGGGGCUCCUCGUCAGCCGUGUCUGGGCCUGCGCACCUCUUCAGGCUUUCUGGCAAGUGCUUCAGCCUGGUGGAGUCCACGUACAAAUACGAGUUCUGCCCGUUCCACAACGUGACGCAGCACGAGCAGACCUUCCGCUGGAACGCCUACAGCGGGAUCCUGGGCAUCUGGCAUGAGUGGGAAAUCUCCAACAACACCUUCAGGGGCAUGUGGAUGAGGGACGGUGACUCCUGUCGCUCCCGGAGCCGGCAGAGCAAGGUGGAGCUUACCUGUGGAAAAAGCAACCGCCUGGCCCAUGUGUCUGAGCCAAGCACCUGUGUCUAUGCGCUGACGUUCGAGACGCCUCUCGUCUGCCACCCACACUCCUUGUUAGUGUACCCGGCCCUGCCCCCCUCCCUGCAGCGGCGCUGGGACCGGGCCGAGCAGGACCUGGCUGACGAGCUCAUCACAGCCCAGGGCUACGACAAGUUGCUCAGGGCACUUUUUGAGGAUGCCGGCUACCUAAAGACCCCACAGGAAAGUGAAUCGGUGCCGGAAGGAGGCGCCAAGGUCCCGGCGUUCCAGACCUUAGAGGACUGCAGUGAGGCACACAGACAGAUGGCGAAGGAGCUCAGGAGGCUGAAGAGCGUGCUGACCCAGCACGGCAUCCCCCACACCAGGCCUGCGGAAACUUCCAGCUCGGAGCACAUGGACCCCAAGACUCCCACAGACGGGACCGCAGAGCAGCUACGAGGCGACCCGGGACUGCGUGGGAACACCUUGUGACCCGAGACAGGGCCAGGGCAGCACCGGACUGGCGGGGAGGGGGGCAGGUGGGGGCUGCUUCCUUUGCCUCCGGGACCCCGUGGCUCAGCUCAAAGAGGCAGACAAAAUAAAGAUUCAAAGUUUUAAUUCCUGUACUGAUUGAUUGAUAAAAAAAAUAAUUCAUGAAUUCUGUAAACCAUUGCAUAAAUGCUGUAGUGUAAAAAAAUUUAAACAAAAGUGUUAACUUGAAACAAUUCACUACAAGUAAAUGAUUAUGCAUUAUAAA